AUGGCUGAGACACGGCAAGUACUGGCUGAAGCUGUCACAGCUACUCCCACAGCUUCAAAAGAAACUGUAGAUGCCUCACCAGAACAGCACACGGAUAAUGCCUCUACCGAUGUUCCUGUCAGUCACCAGCCAGGACCUGCUAUGCCCACAGCAGUGUCAAGCUUAGAAGACUGCACACCUGGACAAGACCAUCCAACGACUGAUGCAUCCACUCAUGUAGCCCUGGUCAAGAGGAUUCAGCAACUUGAAGCUGAGCUCGAUACUGUACGACGGAAGCUCAAAUUGUCUCAAAAGCAGAGGUGUCAUGCCAUUGCUGUCAACAGACGAAUGGCCGCGGGACUGAAGAAGUACCUAAAUGAGGACCAAGUGAAGUGUCUUCAGAGGUCAACAAUGAAAGGCACAGCCUGGGGCAGGAAGACUGUAGUCAAGGCAUUAAAAAUACGACUAUCUUGUGGAGCACGAGGUUACAAUGCUGUGAAGGAACUUGGUCAACCGUUGCCUUCCGAACGGACUCUGCAAAGGCAUCUGGAGGGCUACAAAUUCCAUCCAGGGUUGUUACAGGACAUCAUGAAGUCUCUCGCACUAAAGGUACAAAGGCACAAAUAAAAUGCAUGACACCUGACACCACGCAUGAUAAAUAGGCAAAACUGAUGUCACCUGAAGAACGUCACGCCACUUUAAUGCUGGAUGAGGUGCAACUGGCUCUUGGUCUCGUCUACGACCCUUCUUCAGGCUCCGUGCUGGGAACACCAACCGUCCCUCUUGCAGAUGGAACUCUCCCGGUUGACUGCUUGGCCACCCAUGGACUAGUCUUCAUGCUCGGAGGCAUCUCUACACGCUGGAAGCAAACAGUUGCUUACCAUUUGACUGGCAACUCAUUUCAUGCCGGGACAGUGAAGGACUUCAUCGUUGACAUCAUUAAGGAGUGCGAGGCCAUUUCGUUGAAGGUGGAUGUCAUCGUUACCGAUAUGGGUGGUGGAAACCAGGGCCUGUGGAAGCUAUUUGGU